UCACCAAGAAUUGUCAUUGCUUGGGCUAAUGGAGAGAAACCUUCUGUGUGCUUUUGCCAAAUUGAGAACACAAGCAAUUUGUUAUGUUUUACUAAUCAUGCAUGAUGAGAUGAGAAUUGUACCUGAAUGGCAAAUCUUGUUUAACCACAUUGAAUUUGUAGGAAUCCUGUAAAUGGUUGAGGCCUAAGUUCCUGACAUGACAUUUUGAGAGAAGGAUUGUUCCACUUUCUCAAGAGCUGCAAAGAUGGAGAAGAAACCAAAGAUUGUGCAAUAUAGGGAGAGGCUGGAUAGGACCCUUGCCUCACCUGAUCUUACAAAUGAUGAAGAACUCAGAAAGCUUGUCCAAAGUCAACUCCUACCUUCUUCAGAACCAGAAGUAAAAGGAUAUACGGAGAAAGUAGUAGAAACCAAGACUGCAAAGGUAUCUAACUUUCUUGAUAUGUUGAGGAGUGCUUCUUCAGAUGAUUGUGGAAGAUCUAAUGCAUCACACACUGAUUGGAAAUUAAAACAGGAUAGUGAAGAGUUCCGUGUCAUGUAUCGUGAAGGACCAGAGGGAACUCCCUUUCAUACAUUGUUAGUUGAAGGCUUUGUGGAUGGGCCUGUUGAUGUUUGUUUAUGUAUCUCAUGGGAGACGUUCCUUUUCAAAAAAUGGUGGCCUCAGUCUACUGUCCCCACUUUCAAAAUCGUAUCAUCUGAAUGUUUGCACAAGGUCCAGAUUGGGGAACAAAUAUCACUAGUGAGGAUGAAGGUUUCAUGGCCUCUGUCUAUGAGGGAAGUUGUGGUGCACUAUUAUCUGUUUGAGUACUUUCAAGAUGACUUAAUUAUUGUUCUUAUGAAUUCGGUCCCUGAGUCAGAGAGUGUCAUGGGGAACCUUGGUGGUUUCAACAAUGAGGCAAUUCCUGAAGCAAAGGAUGUCGUGAGAGUUGAUUUGGUGGGAGGCUUUGCUUUGCAAAAGGUGACAUCAGAAAGAAGUUACUUUCGGACAAUAGCAAAUAUGGAUAUAAAGCUGGAUUUUGUACCUCCAUCCCUUAUAAACUUUAUUUCAAGGCAGCUCAUGGGCAAUGGUUUCAUACUUUAUCAAAAGACUGUUGCUUCUAUGAUGAGACACGAUAAAGAAGAAUUCAGCAAGGCCUUAGGGGCCCCAUUGUAUGCUAGAAUUCGUGAAGCUCUAUAUAGCACUAGUGGAUCAAAGACUAUGGAUGAUGGAAAGCUUCAGAAAGUUGCAAGAAGUUUCCCAGCUGAAGAUCUUGUUGAAAGUAAGCAAGGUGGGGCAAAAGAUGUAUCUAAGGAGGAUAAAAGCAAUCAGUAUGCAAACAAUGUCAUGUCAAUGUCAAUGGAUGAAAUAGUACUAGAUAAUAACAAAGCAUUUGAUGAGAUUGGAGUAGAUAUGGAAGUGAUUGAACAAAGUGAGGAGGAUUAUAAGAAACUAAAUGAAAUUUCAAAUAAGGAAGUUGAUGCAAGUGUACUAAAAGGCAAGAGGAGUGUAUAUAUACGUUCAGAGGUUGAGCAGGCUCUAGAAACAUUAGACAAGGCCAUUUCAAUGGUGCGGCAAUAUCGAUUUCGUUCCCGCAUGGCCUCUACUAGUUUUGCCGGUGAAGAGUCCCCUUGCAUGAAAAAAGAUGGUAGAGUUGAUUUAUAUUCUGCAAAACCUAUUCAGCCAUUUUCUGAAAAUGAGGUUAGUGUUGAAGUACCAAAUGGAGAUAUACUGGAGGGGACUUCACAAGAAGCACCUGGUACUAACUCUGGCCUCCAAAACAUCAGGUACAUUGGAACAAAUCCUAACUUAAAUGAAGUAGAUUCUAGCAAAGUAGUAACAACUUCAUCAGAGCAGAAUCUUUCAAGACCUAUAGAGGCAAGCCACCAGGUUGCUUCAUAUUCUUUGGAAAAUGGUGAAACUGUGGACCAAACAACAUGCAGUAACAAGCAAGUUCUGAUCCAAGAUGUGUCUUCAGAUGUACCGAAGAAGUUAAGCUGGCAGAAAAAAUAUAUAUACUGUUGUUUUAUGCAUUAACUAAAAGGGAAAAAUGGCCAGUAGCAGAGGAAGAAAAUAGGGUAUUAACAACUUGGUAAAGGUUUUGUAGAACUUAACGCUUGGAUUACUUGAAUAAUGGUUAAUUGGGUAUAUAUACCAACAUUGUUCUCCCAUUUGUUUUGUUGGAAUCAUCGU